AAUAACCAAGCCCGCCAGGAUGUUCUAAGAAACUAUGGGGCCGCGGUGAGAACAUACAGUUAUUUGGAUGUGAAGAAAAUGACCAACUCCUUCUCAGAUAAAUUAGGCCAAGGGGGCUAUGGCAGUGUCUACAAAGGGAAGUUGCGUGAUGAUGGUGGUCUUGUUGCGGUGAAGGUGUUGAACGAAUCAAAAGGAGAUGGAGAAGAAUUCAUCAAUGAGGUUGCGACCAUUAGUAGAACCUCCCAUGUCAACAUUGUUAGUUUAUUGGGAUUCUGUUAUGAAGGCCAAAAAAGGGCUCUCAUUUACGAUUUCAUGCCUAACGGAUCGCUUGAAAAGUUCAUAUUUGGUGAAAACCCACGAAACAAUAAGUUGGGAUGGAAAAUGCUCUAUCAAAUAUCACUUGGCAUUGCUCGAGGACUAGAGUAUUUGCACCGUGGUUGCAACACAAGAAUUUUACAUUUUGAUAUUAAGCCUCACAACAUUCUUCUUGACAAAAACUUUUUGCCUAAAAUCUCUGAUUUUGGCCUUGCUAGAAUAUGUACUAGAGGGAAAAGUAUCAUUUCGAUGCAGGGUGCAAGGGGCACAGUAGGGUAUAUUGCUCCUGAAGUAUUUAGUAGAAACUAUGGAGGAGUUUCACACAAGUCUGAUGUUUAUAGCUAUGGAAUGAUGGUUUUAGAGAUGGUUGGAGGGAGAAAAAAUGUCAAUGUUGGAGGUAAUACGAGUGAAAUAUAUUUCCCACAUUGGAUUUACAAGCGCAUUGAGCUUGAAGAAGAUGUUCUUGGAUUGAAGAAGACUAUGGACGACGAGGAGGAUAAAGUAAAAGUGAAAAAGAUGAUCAUAGUGAGCUUGUGGUGCAUACAAACUGACCCUUUAAACCGGCCAGCUAUGAGCGAUGUCAUAGACAUGUUAGAAGGGAGUCUUGAUUCAUUGCAAGUACCACCCGAACCUGUUUUGUCUUCUCCUGCAAGAUCGCCAGCAGAUACUACUACACUUGUUACAUAA